AUGGGUGACUACUCUAAAGCAGUGGAAUUCUACAAAAAAACAAUUAAAAUAAAAGAAAAAGCUUUGUUUCCUGAUGACCCGGAUUUGGCUCUGUCCUACAACAACAUCGGUGGAGUGUAUAAGGACAUGGGUGACUACUCGAAAGCACUCGAAUUUUACGAAAAAUCACUUAAAAUAAGAGAAAAAGUUCUGCCUCCGAAUCAUCCCGAUUUGGCUACUUCCUACAACAACAUCGGUGGAGUGUAUGACAACAUGGGUGACUACUCGAAAGCACUUGAAUUUUACGAAAAAUCAUAUAACAUUCUUGAAAAAGCUCUGCCUCCAAAUCAUCCCAAUUUGGCUAGUUCCUACAACAACAUCGGCCUCGUGUAUGACAACAUGGGUGACUAUUCGAAAGCACUUGAAUUUUACGAAAAAUCACAUCAAAUCCUUGAAAAAGCUCUGCCUCCAAAUCAUCCUAAUUUGGCUCGUUCCUACAACAACAUCGGUCUCGUGUAUGACAACAUGAAUGACUAUUCGAAAGCACUUGAAUUUUACGAAAAAUCACAUCAAAUCCUUGAAAAAGCUCUGCCUCCAAAUCAUCCCAAUUUAGCUACUUCCUACAGCAACAUCGGUCUAGCGUAUAACAACAUGAGUGACUACUCGAAAGCACUUGAAUUUUACGAAAAAGCACUUCAAAUAAGAGAAAAAGGUCUAUCUUCGAAUCAUCCAGAUUUGGCUACUUCCUACAACAACAUUGGUGCUACAUAUUUCCUCAAAGGUGAUUAUCCGAAAGCACUCUCACUCUUAGAAAAGGCACUUGCUAUCCGUCAAAAAUCACUUCCGCCAGCACAUCCUCUAAUUAAAGAAACGAAAGAUAACAUUGAUCAUGUUAAAAAGAAAAUGUAA